UCACAUCGCUGCUUCGCCGGGCGGGAUUUCCGCAAUAAUAUCAAGUAUGGCGAAGACAUACGACUAUUUGUUUAAAUUACUGUUAAUCGGCGACUCUGGUGUCGGGAAGACCUGUGUCCUGUUCAGGUUUUCAGAGGACGCCUUCAACUCAACGUUUAUCUCAACUAUUGGCAUUGAUUUCAAGAUUAGGACAAUAGAGCUUGACGGCAAGAAGAUAAAGUUACAGAUAUGGGAUACCGCUGGCCAGGAGCGCUUCCGAACAAUCACGACAGCUUACUACAGGGGAGCAAUGGGCAUCAUGCUUGUCUACGACAUCACCAACGAGAAGUCUUUUGAUAAUAUCAAGAACUGGAUAAGGAACAUAGAGGAGCAUGCAUCAUCUGAUGUUGAGAAGAUGGUCCUUGGCAACAAGUGUGACAUCAACGACAAGCGGCAGGUGUCCAAAGAGAGAGGGGAGAAGCUUGCAUUAGAGUAUGGAAUCAAGUUCAUGGAGACCAGUGCAAAGGCCAACAUCAAUGUGGAAAAUGCAUUUUUGACACUCGCCAGAGACAUCAAAUCAAAAAUGGACACAAAAUUGGAGGGCAACACGCCGCAGGGGAGCAGUCAUGGAGUCAAGAUCUCAGAGCCUCAGAAAAAGACCAGCUUCUUCCGCUGUGGCUUACUCUAAAGGAAUGAGGCCUUCAUCACUGGCUGCCAGCUGGCUGGACAUAAAUGGACUGUGCUUACUCUUAGCACUACCCCCCUAUCCCUCUUUCUACCCAACCAUGGCCUGUCCUCCCAGUCCACACAAACCAUUAUAGUCCCAGUAAGUGGAGGACUUCCCCUCCUCUUCCUCUUCUGAAAGCUUCCAGUGGUGCAUCUCUUCCAUUUUUAAGGAGAUCUGUUGUCUUCAUGAGUCAGACCACUUGACUGGUGGAGGACUUAACCCGGAGCAUUGUCCAGGUGUUCCAUAUCACACAAAAAACAGGCUCUUUCUUUCCAUAUUAGUCUCUGUGUUCUACACGCUCAUAUUUCAUACAGCCGGUAGCACAACCAAGAAUGAGAAAUCAUUUAAUUACUGUCAAGGUUUUGGGAUUAUAAGUACAAAUGUGAUAUUUAGAUCUAUUUUUAUUGGUGCUUUUUUCCCUUUUUAUGUGAUAAAUCUCAUCCAGAGACUGAUAGGCUUGAACUCCACUGAAACAGAGCUGCACAGGCUUUCUUUUCAUUUCAGCAGUUGAGAACCAUAUCGAGCAAAAUGCGGUCAAGGAUCAGGGAGAAAAUGUUUUGAAGGUUUUUCUGUUAGAAUUUUGCUCUUUUGUUUGCAUGCGGUUCUCGACAGUCAGUUGAUGCGACACACUGCCUCCAACUCUGCAGCCUCUCUGCAAAAGCUCUUAAGUGCUUGAAAGCAGUUUGUCAACACAGAACCAGCUAUCCAGGUGGUGCACUAACCUAAAACAAAGCAUUGGGAGUGCAAAUGUGCUUACACUGUUUGUACGUACAUUAUUUAUGAAUAUAUUCGGAAGUACUUGUAUAAUUAGACUAAUCCUCCACAGUUAAUAAGAUAACGGUGGAAACUGUUAUUUCAAAUUUUGAUUGAUCAACCACUUAUUUUUUUUGAUUAAUUGAUUGUUUGGUCCACAGAAUAGUGAAAAAUCCUCUGAAAGUUUUCUAGAGGCCAAAGGUCCACACCCCCAAAACAUUCAGUUUACUGUUGCAAAGGACAAAGAAAAGCAGCAAAUCCUCACAUUUGAGGAAGUAGAACUAGCAA